GGCGCGCAUGCAGAAUGCCGCGUCAGGGAACCAGCGUCGGGAAUAUGAUGAGAACGCUUCGCGCGAGAGACUGAAAAGAAAUAAAUAAUUAAUUGGGUGAUCGCGCGAGUGGUACUAAAUCGGGGUUAAGGAUCGGGUUAUUCUUUCACGUCCAGUUUGGUUCUGAAUGAGUCUGGAACGGGUUUGACCAGCAGUGCGCCAGGAUAACUAGAAACAGAAUGUCAUGAGAUGUCCCGUGACGCGUACGUGGGGGGCUCCCGCUCCCCUAGAGGCGUGAGGCUGCCCACCGUGGAUCGUUCGCCCAGCAGGGCUUACCCAGGGGGCAGCCCCUUGGGACGGAAACCCUUGCGUCAAACGCGUUCGGGCAACAACUCGCCCGAGCACACGGCCUACGGCGCUUAUCACUCGUACUAUCGCGACGAAGAAUUAGAAGACCCGAUGUUGGAGGAACGGGGUAGACCGAUGGCCGUCGGUACUGGCCAUCAUAGAUCACGAAGCGCUACAAGACCGACCAAUCCAAUGUCGGUGCGCUACCAAUCCCUAGACCGAGGACCAACCGUAGACCAUGAUCGCGAGUUCCUGCCAAUCCGUGAUCGUCGUGAUCGUUCGUUGGAUAGAGGCCUUUAUUUCGAAGAUGAUCCGUACCUUUCUAGAUCCGCACGUCAAUCUCCAACUUCCCAUCAGCCAUUCAUCGGUGAACUCCAACAUCAAAACUCCGAUCUGCAACGUGACUUGGCCAGCCUCAAAAAAGAACUAGACUUGACCAAUCAGAAGUUAGGAUCUUCCAUGCAUUCCAUUAAAACUUUUUGGAGUCCGGAGCUGAAAAAAGAAAGGGCGUUGAGGAAGGAAGAGUCGGCCAAGUAUAGUUUGAUUAAUGAUCAAUUGAAGUUAUUGAGCAGCGAGAAUCAGAAACAAGCAAUGCUGGUGCGUCAAUUAGAAGAAGAACUCCGAAUGAGAAUGAGAGGUCCCAGUAUAGAAAUUCAACAGCAAAUGGAGGCACUUUUUCAAGAAAACGAGCAUCUGCAGAGAGAAAUUGCUAUCUUGAGGGAUACGAUAAAGGAACUGGAACUUCGUAUAGAAACACAAAAACAAACCCUCCAGGCACGAGAUGAGAGUAUCAAGAAAUUGUUGGAAAUGCUCCAGAAUAAAGGAAUGGGUAAAGAAGAAGAACGCGCCAUGUUCCAACAGAUGCAAGCGAUGGCACAGAAACAGCUCGACGAGUUCCGAGUGGAGAUCCAGAGGCGAGACCAAGAGAUUCUCGCCAUGGGCGCCAAGAUGAAGACCCUCGAGGAACAGCACCAAGACUAUCAGCGUCACAUCGCCGUGCUCAAAGAGUCGCUCUGUGCCAAAGAGGAACACUACAAUAUGCUCCAAGCGGACGUAGAAGAAUUGCGAGCAAGGCUUGACGAGAAGAACAGACUGAUUGAGAAAAAGCAGCAACAACUUCAACAAGAUAGAGGAAGAGCUGGGGCGGAGAUUACAGAAAUGAGAGAGCACAUGGAUAUAAAGGAUAGAAAAAUUAAUGUAUUGCAACGAAAGGUUGAAAAUCUGGAAGAUCUUCUCAAAGAAAAAGAUAACCAAGUCGAUAUGGCUAGAGCUCGUCUCUCGGCCAUGCAAGCGCAUCAUUGUUCUUCGGAGGGCGCUCUUAGUACUUUAGAAGAAGCGAUUGGCGACAAGGAGAAGCAAAUGAACCAACUGAGAGAGCAAAGGGAUCGAGCGGAACAAGAAAAGCAAGAAGAAAGAGAGCUUCACGAGAGAGAAAUAGCGGAUUACAAAAUGAAGAUUCAUGCGCUGAACAGUGAAGUAGAGAAACUCACCGCUAGAUUAGAGAGAGCCCAAAACGAUAGGGAGCGCGUAGAGGCUAAAUUAGAGAGCUCACAAUCUGAAUUAGGUAAAUCAAAGGCCGAAUUAGAUAAGGCCAUAGAAUUUGGACGUCGUGGAGACGACUACGACGCUGCCAGACAGCGCACCGCACGCUUAGAAUUAGAAAACGAACGUCUUCGUCAAGAUUUGGAAUUAGCCCAAGCGAAGACUACACGAUUCGGUAGCAAUAUUUACAGUAGCUCGCACGAACUUGACCGAAUGCACGAACGAGCUGACAAAACGUCUUCGGAUUUGAGACGAUGCCAAGCCGAACUCAGGGUCACUCAGGCUGAUAGUGAACGUGCUCGGUCUGAAGCUCAAGCGUUGCAGGAGAAAUUAGAAAAGUCACAGGGGGAAGUAUACCGCCUCAAGGCCCGUUUGGAAAACUCUCACCAGGAGCAAGACAGUCUCCGCGAGGAACUCGAGAAAGCGCAAUCGACCACGGCGAAGCUCCAUUCCGACAAAGAUCGAGCUUACGCCGAACUCGAGAAAAUGAGGGAGGAACUGGAGCGUACCACGGCGACCUUGGGAAAGGCCCAACUGCAACAAGACAAGCUCCAGAACGUUUUAGACAAAGCUCAGACCGAAGUCGACAAGCUACAAGAGAAACUCGACAAGUCCAUUGGAGAGACCAGACGUAUCCAAUUAGAAAAGGAAAAAGUCGGAUACGAUUUAGAGAGUAUCCAAUCGCAAUUGGACAAGGCGCUCGCCCAAUCUGCUCGGCUACAGAAGGAAAAAGAACAAGUCCAGCUCGAAGCAGAUCGGCUUAGAGACAAAUAUGAAAAACUACAGGGCUCGGUUAACCGGCUGCAAAAAGAAAAAGACAAUUUCCAAGACGAAUGCGGAAAACUAAAAGAACGGCUCGAUAUGCAGCUAAAUCAAAUUUCGAAAGCCCAAAGAGAAAAGGCUGAUAUUGAAACUGAAUUGGAUGUCCUCAAGGAUCGAUGGGAAAAGACGCACAUAUCACAGCAAAAAUUGCAAAUUGAACGUGACGACGCGGUUACAGAAAUCGAUAUCCUUAAGGACAAACUAGAAAAGGCAAUAUAUUCAUCACAAAAGGCUAUCGAUGAAAGGGAAAAUGUGCAUAAAGAGUUCGAAAAAAUACUUGAGAAAUAUGACAGGUCUCAAAGCGACAUGUACCGCUUACAAAACAAACUUGACACUAUUCUAGCGGAUAAAGAACGGUUGGAAAUUGAGAUCGAAAAACAGCAAAUUACAAUGUCUAAAUCGAGAGAAGAUCAAAGAAAAUUACAAGAAGAAGGUCAGAGACUCCAAGAGUUAUACGAAAGAGCUUCGAUGCAAUUGAAUAGAAGCAAAGAGCUAGAAGAAAAACAUAAAGAGGAAGUUGAAAGAUUAAACAUCGACAUAGAAAUGGUUAGAGAUCGUUACGAAAAGGCUCAAAUAGAACUUAGGAGGUUACAAACCGAAAGAGAAAAACUUCUUGCAGAUAACGAAAGAAUGCGCUACGAAAUCGAAAGAGCACAAGCGCAAACUACCAAAACUCAAUCGGCCUAUGAAAAAGCUCAAGAAGAAGUCUCUAGAUUAUCUAUAGAUGUCGAAAAAUAUAAAGACAAGCACGAAAAACUCCAAAACGAAUUCAGAAAAGUUGUUGGCGAGUACGAUCAUCUCAGAGAGUCCACUGGUAUGGGUGGCAGAGAAACUAGAUAUUCGAGUACUAGUCGCUUUGACAGAGAUGCUUCUAGAGGCACCGAAGAAAGCGAUAGGUUGCGAUCUGAAAUCGAUAGGCUUAGGGAACGAUUGGAUAAGACAUUGGGAGAUUUGGAUAAGAGUAGAAAGGAACUUGCUUUAGUAGAGUCCACCAGGUCUAAGUUUGGCUUUGAGGAGAAGGAGAAGCUAGCCGAAAUGGAACGGUUCAGGGAUGAACUUCAACGAACACUGAACACCAACCAGCAACUAGAAACCAAGCUCCACGAGGCCACUAUGCAACUAGACCUAGCUAGACAAGACGUCGCAAAGGCCCAAGCCAUCCAGGAAAAGCAGCGCAACGAGCUUGAACGCGCAGUGAUUGAACUGGAAAAAUUGAGAGAUCGCUAUGAAAAGUUAAAAGCUCAAAGCGAAAAAAUGGAGAAGGAUAAUGAGAAGCUAAGGAUGGAGGUUGCCCAACAAGAACGAAGACAGACAUUAGCCGCAGACAAAGUGAGAAACGAGGAAAGACUUGAAAUUGAAAGACUUAAGGAAAAAUUGGAAAAAGCUUUACAAGCUAGAAAUGCAACAGAAUUGGAAGCUGGCCGACUUGCCCAGGAACUAGAAAAAUCUCAGUUACAUUUAACAAACGCACUCGAAACAAAUGAAGCAACGAAGAUAGAGUUCGAAAGAAUGGCUACAGAACUAGCGCGUAUGCAUGAACGGCUAGAACGAGACAAGCUAGACUGGAAAACUAUGGAGCAAGAGAGAGACGUCCUCAGAGCCGAGCUUCAACAAAUGAGAAGCGGAAUGGACACUCAGAGGCGCACCAUAGACCAUAGAACUCAGGAAACAUUGAUAAAGUUACAACAAGAGUUAGCUCAAUCUAAUAGAGAAAGAGAAAAGAUGGCAUCUAUGUUAGACAAACAAGGACGACAAGGAGAAUCUGUAGAAAAACAAAUUAUUAAAUUUGAAGCUGAUAUUAAACAACUAACAAUGGAAAGAGAUCAGCUAGUGAAUCAAUUAGAAAAAUCUCAGGAUAUGUUAAUGAACUUCCAGCAAGAAUUGAAUCAUAGUGAAGCAGAAUUAGAAAAGCAUAAACAGGAAGUUAAUAGGUUGAAAACAGAACAAAAAAGAAUGUCGCAGGAUGUUGAAAAGGGCACCAAAGAAGUUUUGGAAAAUAGAGACAGAGAAAUAGCAAACCUCCGCCAACAACUUCAACAGGCUCAAAAAGAAAGAGACACGCACAAGCAACGGGCCGAGAAGGCUGAAAAAAUGUUGCACGAAACUGGAUCAAGAGAUUCUGAAUUGGAACAAUGGCGUAACGUUAUCGAGCAGGAAACCAAGAGGGCUGAUCAGGCAGAGAAGACUUCACAAGAUCUACAGAAGAGGAUUCAGGUCAUGGAGAAGCAACUUCAACAGCAGCUCAAUCAAAUGGCACAAUAUCAGCGAGAGAAAGGUAUUCAACCGCCUCCACAAGACGACAAAGAGGUGCAGAGGUUGAGGAAGGAAUUGGAGAAAUCGCAGGGAGAAGUGAAAAAUUGUGCUACAGAAAGAGAACGGUUGCAAGCUCAAUUAGAGAUGUUGGUACAAGAGUUGGAGAAAAAUCAACUGGAGCUUCACGAAACCAGAAAAAAGCUACAAAUGGCACCGCAAAAGCCUACAGAAGAUCUUUCUGGACAAAAACGGCAACUGGAGGAGGAAAGAAGGAAAAUAGAAGAGGCUAGAAGACAAUUUGAAGAACAGAGAAAGAGCAUUGAUAAUAAACAGCGGCAAGUGGAAGAAAAAGAACGUCAGUUAGCCGAAUUAGAUAAACAUUUACAAAAGCAAAAGCAACAAAUGGACCAAUUACAAGCGUCGUUACAAAAGGCUGGAGGUACAGCAGCAGCAGCCACAGAACUGAACAAAAAGUUAACAGAAGCAGAAAAGAAGGUGGAACAAGCACAAGAAGAAGCUAAACGAUCGGCAACAGAGAUGGAGAGAAUGUUGCAGAUAGUGCAAAUGAGCCAAGAGGAACAGAAUCAGAAAGACAAGCAAAUAAUGGAGUUACAACAAGCCCUCAAAAAUGCGCAGGCAAAACUCAAACAACAACAACAACAACAAGCACAAACACAAGAGAACGAUAUACACGAACAGAGCAAAGUAGACUUAAGAAACGAACUAAGAGAUAUGAUAGAAAAAUUAGGUUCGACUAAAAAAGAAUUAAAAGACAAAGACAAAUAUAUAGAGGCCAUAGAGCGUGACUUGAAAGCUAUGAACGACCACGAAAAUAAUAAUGAAGAAGACAACCAAACCCUGUUUAACAAUAAUAUCAUAUCAAAUAAUAGUGAAGAUGGAGAAAAAAAUAAAAUUAGGAUUUUAGAGAAUAAUUUAGAAGAAAAAGAUAAGAGAAUUAUGAAGUUAGAAGACGGAUUAAGAGAAAGUGUACAGAUAGCAACUGAGAGAGAGUAUGUUCUACAGAAAGAGGAGGUUAAGAGGAGACAAAUCAUGGAAAAGGUUAGAAAGCUAGAACAAAGGUUGUUAUCUCUUCAAUCUGCCCAAGCGAUGAGAUGUCACAAUUGUAAGCCCUAUGUUCGUAGAACGUCACUUUUAGAAGAAAAGCUCAUGAGAUUAAUUGCUGAACGGAAAAAGAACCUCCAGGAGUUAACCCAUAUGAAGAGGGAAGCAUUAGAAUCAGCCAUAAGUGAGAAAGAUGCUCAUUUAGCUCUUUUGGAAAUGACUGGCAUACGGACUGCAAGGCAAGCUGAAGAAGUAGACAGUUUGAAGUUGGACAGAAAGAGGCUUGUUGAUGCGCUAAAAAAAGAGGCCGAAUCCAGCAUUUCUCUCCUAGAAGAUUCCGAUCUUGAGGACGAACUCUCUACCAGCCUCCUUAGUGAAGAGAAGCAAGAUAACCGAUGAUUUGAAGCCUAUAGUGUUUCGCCUUGAAAAUAAAUUGAAAGUUUAUAGAAAACUACACCCCAUAAUUAGAAAGAAAAAAACUUAUUUUUUUUGUCAUUUUUAAUUUUUUGAAAAUUGUUACUGUAGUUUUCUAUUAAACACUAUACGAUGACCUCAGCAAUAAGGAAGUAUUCAAAUGAACACUAGUUUGACCUCCUACCCCUUCAGUGAGUGGAGGUGGUCAAGAAUCUCACUGCCUACUGUGUAUAAUGAAAAAUUAAUUAAUUAGUAAAAAUAAUAUUAGUUAAGCUGCAAAAAAAACAUGAUUUUUAGUAAUCUAAUUGAUCAACAAUAUUGUGUAUGUGUUAUACCUAGUUGCUGUUGAUAUAAAAAUAUUUCGACGUUAGGAAUGACAAUAAUAUUUAAAAAAAAAAAGAAAUUAAAAUAUGGGGGAAUGGGGCAUCAUUUAUCGUUUGAAGUCCUAAUAGAAGGUGAUUUUUGUGGAAUAAAAAUUUCAAAAAAUAUUUGUUUUAUGCUAUACUUAUUAGACGUACAUUUAUUGCAAAAUUUUACACAUUUUCCACCCACUGAUAAGUUAUCUUUUAUAGGUAAACUUUUUUAUUCUGCAAAAGUCUGAAAUUGUAAAUUAAAUGUUGUUUAAAUAAAGCAUCUAAUGUUAAGUUGUUGAAUUUGACACAUCAGAGCACAAUAAUACUAAUAAUUCAUUGAAAUAUUCAACUAUACUUAAUUCCACCAAAUUAUUUGUAACUUACUAUUUAUUUGGUCCAUUCCCAUUAUACGAAAAUAAAAUUUUAAUUAUUUUUAGUUUCGUUUAUUUUAACUGUCGAGAUACUAACUGUGUUUUGACUUCAAAUUUUUUGUUUAUUAUUUGUUUCAGUUGAACUAUAAUAAUUAUUAAUCAGCUUAUCUGUUAUUUUAUCUUCAUCUCCAAUAAAAUAUAAUUCACAUAAAAACCAAUUAAAAUAUUAAUAUUAAUAAUAAUAAAUAUUUAAAUUUGCCUUCUAAGAUUAAAAUGAGCGGUUGAAAAUAUCAAAAAUAAUAAUUUGAUAUGUCCAAUCACUGUAAGGUGUGAAUUGUCAUUAAAAAAAUCAUAUCAUAGCAAAAACUAUAUAAAAUAAUAAUUAGGCCGAGAAACACUGCCAUUCACUCGUGCCAUUAGCAGUAAGAAUAAUGCCUACUCAAUGUAAUAAUUUUAGGUUUAUUAAAAAUUAAAUUUCAGUUCAAAGAGUCAAGCCCAACAAAUGAAUGUUUCUGUUCAGACUAAUUUUAAUUUUUUAUAACCAAGUGUUCGAUGCACCUAUUCAGUUUUUUUUUAGCACUCUACCCUGUAGGUACUAUCAACACCAAAAUGCGGGGUCCUUAUUCUGCUUUUAUUGAGCCCCGGACGUCUGACAGCCUAAACUAAUUAGUUUUAAAAGGUCAGUUGUUGGCUAUAAGGGUUAAUAAAUUAUUACAUUGGGCAACCAGCAUAGUAUGUGUGUUUCCUAUCGAUUUAAUAUGGCAUUUUUUUGGUGAAAAUGUUGUAAAACAGUUAGGAGAUUACUAAAUAUCACUGGAUACCUACUUAUUAGAUAUACCGGAAUUUUUUUUUGACAAAUUUUAUAUUUUUAUGCAGGUAAAUGAAUCCACAUAGGUGAUACAAGAAUAAUGUUUGAAAAAAUUAAAAUUGAAGGCAUCUGUUCACCAAUAUUUUAAAAAUCGGCACAUUUUCCUGAAAGAUUUUCGAUUCAUACCUAGGACCACCCGGAAAAUUUUCUUCCAGCACCAUGAGUUGCAAAAACUCUGCCCUUAACUACUGAACUACCUAAGUCAUAUCGCUGAUUAGUUCUCAUUUUAUGAUCAAGGUAUUCAAACUUUUUCGUUUUUAUUAUCUCAAGGAUGUCUGUCUCUUUUUCGAGAAUCAUCAAAAAUACAUCAUUGGUAACAUGUUCAAUCCAUGAUAAUAUACGUAGGAUUCGACCAUACUGCCACAGUUGAAAUACUUCAAGCUUUUUUGAAGUUGCUUAUGUAAGAGUUCAUGAUUCCACUCCACUCCUAAAAAUUUGGGCCAUGGCUUUCUCUAUUCGGCAUUGGGUCUUGACGGAACGGAAACAUCUGUCAUUUUCCGUCGUGCUCAGGUAAAUAGGUAGAUUAGAUUAGAUUAGAUUAGAUUAGAUUAAUAUUGGGGUGUUGUUGCACUGCGACCUAAAGGUCUAUUGCGCCCCCUGCUGAGGCCGAUCUGAUGUGGAUUUCAAAUCAUAGUACUUCGUCCAGUCCUAUGGCCUUGAUGAAGGCUGGUAACUGGUACGGUGUCAAGGAUGGUAUGUCUCUUUCUAAAACUACAUAGUCACCGAGAUGUGUAGCCCGGCUUCUAGCGACGACUUCGCAUACGGUUAGUAGGUGUUCUGGAGUUUCUUCCUCCUCCCCGCAAAACCUGCAUUCACUGGAUCUCUCGAGUAGCAUUUUCCUGCGGUGUUCUCGAAGGUGGCAGUGCCCUGUCAUAAACCCUGUAAGAAUUCUUAGUUUAGUUUUACUUAAAUUUGCUAGAGCUUUAGAUUUUUUGGGAUUGAAGUUUCCAAGGAAUAUCUUAUAAUGUCUCCGUCCGGGAAGGUCGUCCCAGAGGCGAGCUCUUAGGUCGUCUUCAAUUUUCUUAAGCUCCGCUGUAUAAGUGUUUUCACCUAUACCGCAAAAAGGCUCCGGUCCUACAAACGGGGAACCGGAUCCUUUCUUUCUCAAGGUAUUGGCUUCUUCGUUACCUUCCACUCCUGUGUGUCCAGGCACCCAUAGUAAAGUGACUUUAUUUUUCUUUCCUACCUCAUUUAGUUUCCCUAGGCAAUCCCGUACUAUCUAAGAACUGAUGGCAUAUGAACUCAGUUCUAUUAUGGCCGAUUGACUGUCGGUGAAUAUUGCAAUAUCUUGCUUGAGAUAGUUCCUGUUCAGGAUCAUUUGAGCACAUCUGUCAAUGGCGUGUAUUUCCGCCUGAAAGACACUGGUGUAUUUACCCAGUGACUCAAAAUAUUUGGUGCGAGGCCCAAAUACUCCAGCUCCUGAUCCUUUGUCGGUUUUCGACCGUCUGUGUAUCAUUUAAUGGUGUUUUCUUUGAGAGAUUCGGUGAACUUGCCGCUUUCCCAGUCGCUUUUAUUAUCAAUCCUUGUGAGGAAGUUUCUCUCAAAGUGAUAUUCUUUGGUUAUAUCGUCUUCACGAAGGAAUACACCGUGUCUGGGAUGACUAUGCUCCUUGAUCGAUGAUGUCCUUAGCCUCGGUCCUAUUCCUAGCUAGUCUAAACAUAGCCCUUUCUGCAGCUCCCUUCACCGACAAGUGCAAAGGUGUGAGGUCAAGUAUAACGUUCAACGCUGCUUUUGGACAUGUUCUCAUUGCUCCUGAUAUACAUACACUUGCCAGUCUUUGCAAUUUAUCAAGUGUUCGCCUGAAACUGCUGCCCCAUAUGUGGUUAUGGAUUUUACCAUCAUAAUGUACAUCCACCGCAGUAUUUUUGGUGUUCAUCCCCAGUUUUUUCCCGCCAAGUUUCUGCACACCAUAAUGGCUUUAGUAGCUUUGUUAACAAUGGCUUCUAGGUGUUGUUUCCAUAGAAGUUUACUAUCCAGUGUUACGCCCAGAUAUUUGACUUCGUUUGCUUGAUUUACAACCUUUCCACUUAGGUGAAUUUCCCUAGUAAGUUGAAUUUUCCUUCUACGUGUAAAUGGUACAAUAGUGGUUUUUGCUGAGUUGAUGCUCAUCCCCACCGAUGUGCACCAUUCUUCGGUAGUACUUAGGCCUUUUUGUAUGAGGUCGUAUAGUGUGCCCUCAAACUUGCCUUUGGCAAUAAUGACAAUAUCAUCGGCGUAACCUAUACAAGGUAGACCCUGAUUUGUCAGUCUGGACAGGAGUUCAUCAACUACCAGGCUCCACAACAGGGGUGAGGUUACUCCCCCUUGAGGUGUACCCCGAGUGAUUCUGAUGCUUGUGGUUUGUUCACCUACAGUUGUCUCAGCUGUUCUCGUAGUCAGCAUUUCACAGACCCACCGGACUAUGGUUUUAUUCACUCCUCUCCUCUCCAAAGCAGCCCCAUGGGACGUGUUAUCAAAAGCCCCGGAUAUAUCCAGGAAGGAACAUAUGGCUGUUUCUUUUUCCUUAAUGGUUUUUUGGAUGAUUUCUGUAAGUUGAUAGAGCGCUGUCUCUGUCGAUCUGCCUGCUCUGUAUGCAUGUUGGCACGAGUGUAGAGGUGCCUUCUCCAAAAUUUCCUUUCUGAUGUAGUUAUCUACAGCUUUUUCUAUCGUCUUUAGUACAAAGGACGUAAGACUAGAUCGAAAAGAUUUAGGGUUUGUCCCAUCCUUUUUUCCUAUUUUGGGUAUGAAGGUUACUUUAGCUCGUCGCCAGAUACUCGGUAUAUAUCCCGAGGCUAAACUAGUCCUAGCUACUCUAAGUAGGUGAGGGAAUAUUUCUUUUUGCCCUUUUUGUAGAAGGGCAGGAAAUAUUCCGUCCACUCCUGGUGACUUAAACGGUUGAAAGGUACUUAUUUCCCAUUUCAUCCGUUCCGCAGUAAAAACCCUCUUUGCAGCUUCCCAGUCCUCCUUCUUCGGUUUACUGGUGUCGACUACCGUGGUUAUUUCUACUGGUACGCUACCUGGAAAGUGCGUUUGAAGUAAUAGGAUGGCCUGCUCCUCUUCUCCUUUCGUGUAGGUGCCGUCCGGCUUUUUGAGGGCCAUCACUGGAUUUGUUCCUCCUUUGGCCAUGGCCUUAUGUAGCCUUGCAGCCGUUGGAGUGUCAGCAAUUUUCUUACAAAAGUUUCUGAAAUGUUGCCUUUUGGCUUUUCUUAUCUCUUCGUUAUACAGAGUAAGCACUUCUGCGUAUCCCUGCCAAUUUCCGUCACUUUUUGCUGUAUUGAAAAGAUGACGGACUUGAAAUCUCAGUUUUGACAGGUGUCUGUUCCACCAUGGUGCAUCUUUUUUGGAUCUCGCUGUAGUCACUGGGCAACUGGAUUCAAAAGCUUCCAUAAUUGCCUCAGUGUCCUGCUCCAGGUCCAUGUGGUGUCUUUUCCCACCUGAACUUAAGCAGUGAAGGUUGUUCUGUAAAUUGGUUUUGUAGGCUUCCCAAUUGGUUUUUCUCGGAAUCCUUCGUAUGGGUCUAUUGUAUUUUACAUUCUCUAGGUUCAACUAAAUUAUCCUGUGAUCUGACAGGGAUGGUUCGGUUGAUAUUCUCCAGCUUUUGAUGAGGUCUCUAAUACUGGAGCUGACUAAAGUUAUAUCUAAUACUUCCGACCUUGUUCUAGUCACGAAUGUAGGCAUAGUACCAACAUUCAAGACCUCAAGUUCGGUAGUCAUAAGCAAUUCAAGCAAACUCUCACCUCUAUAGUUGAUAUCCGUGCUUCCCCAGAUAACAUGAUGUGCAUUUGCGUCGCAGCCUAAGAGUAGUGGCAGGCGCUCUCUUCUGCAAUAUUGGAUCUGCUCUUGUACCUCCAGCGGUGGUGUCGUUAGCCCAUCUCCAGGAAAGUAUGCUGAAGCAAUUACUAUGUUGCGGUUGCACCCUUCAAUGUCGAGUUGUACGACAAUGGGUGUCAAGUCCCGUGACAUAAAUUCUGUAACACAUAUAUAAUAAAUGUCAUUUCUUAUGAGAAUACAGGCUCUGGGUGAUUCCUGCCUGUUAUCGUAUACUACCUUUGAAUGUUUUCUUGACAAACCUUUGAUUUACCCUCUAUUGAUCCAGGGUUCUUGGAUCAUAACUAGUCCCAGAUCUUGGUUAGCGAACAUUCGUACAAUCACAUCGGAGGAUGCCCGUUUGUGUUGCAGAUUGAUUUGCGCUAAUCUGGUGAAUGUUCUAGUAAUGGGAGGAGGGAUCAGCAGGUGGUCUGUUUGGACUAUCCUGUCCUCCCCUCUGCUGUUCCUUACUUUGAUCCGCCAGAAGCUUCUCUUCAUCUUCCUUGCUGAUGACCUCAUCCUCAGAAGAAGAGUUGACUUUAAGAGAUUCGAGGCUUAAGCCCUCGGUCUCUUGCCCCUCGUUUCCCUUUGAUGCAGUCUCAUCGGUGAGGGUGUUCUCCAACAGAGAAGAGGCGGUCGAGGCUGUUGGUUCAAAGUCCAUUUUCUCUUCCUCCGCUUCUUCUCGCUUCUUAAGGCCAGAUACCGGGACUUGCCCAAACCUGUAGUGAAUGGAGUGUCCCUUGGCCUUGAUAGCUUCCUUACUUUUGGUAUCGAUCCCAAUUGUAAGGACUUGGCCGUGGCCUUGUUCUUUCGCGUUCAUAACUCGCCACGUAUUUGUGGAGAGUUCCGCGUUCUGAACUUCAAUGAGUCUCAGAAGAGCUUUGGUGUCUUGCCCUUUGCUCCUUGGGAGGAAGAUACUGAUCGUAUGCGACUUGGGGAUGUCGUCUCCUCUCCGUGCAACGAGUUCAGGCCCCUUCCAUGCUUUCAGUCUGGGUGACAUCUGAACCAGCCAUUCGGCUGUCUGCUCAGAUUCGCAGUCCACCAAUACCAUUCCCGAGCGGAAAUCUAUACCAGAGAACCGCAAGCCCCUGGCUGUGCUUCCAACAUUUCUGCAACUACAGCCUCCUCCAGCGCCGUCAGUUGUUCGGGGCUAAGCAUUACCUGAGGGUAUUCCUUAGGCAAUAUCCCGAUUCUAUUGAGUUUCGCAGCUUUGGCGUAGCUGGUGACUUGCCCUGCUAUGCCCGCUGGUCUACUCGUUUUCUGGUGUUCAUUCCCAGUUUUCUGUUUUUUCCCUCCAGUUCUUUGAGGGGGUGAAAUAAAUUCACUACCUCUUUUGCCUUGGGGGUUUUUUCUCGGCGAUGCCGUUGAAGGAGUUUCUUCGUCUCUCUUCUUCUUUUCUUCUAGGACUCUUCUCCUCGCUUCCUCAGGUGCCAUGCCCUCGUGAAGAAGUCGUAGGUAUUUCCAGCAACCUGCUCCGCUGAGUGCUUGCCUCAGCGGAUCGUCUCUUCCUCCGGGUUUUCCCAGUUCUGGGAGAGGAAACGGAACCUUCGAUCGAGGCUUUGCCUAUGGUAAAUAGGUAGGUCGCAGGGCCAUCGUCUAACCCAGCAUCUUUGCUAUUAUUUAGUUGGUUGGUAGCUUUCUCAAUGACUUGAUAAGAAGAACCGGUACUCAAUGUUUUUGAGAGACCUUGUUAUCCAUUUUUGAUUCCAUUUUCAGAAAUUCCUGAAAAUCUUGCUUAUAGAUACCGGAUCUUUAGGAAGCUGAGACCCUUUUUCAUGUUAUCUUUGUAGCAGCCUGUUGUGCGCUUACCUGAUAUCAACUGUUGGGCCCUGCGCCGAGGGCUGCUAUCCCGACUCUAGAGCGGCAUUGCCGGCUCAAUUACUCUAUGCCACAUCCUCCCUUUUCACCAAGUGAAUGUCUUUUUAACUUAGCACUCGAGUCGAAUUCAACGCGACUAGCCUUAAACCAUUGUUUGUCCUAUUUACAUUGGGUAUAUUAAUGUUAUGGAUAAAACUACACACUUAUUCACUAUAUACACUGUUGUACAAUGUUCAUUCUCGCUUUUGUUUCAACUAAUCUUCACCACACAUUCCAUUGCAGGUGCAACGAAGUUCUGGCUUGGCUAGUCUUCCUGAUCUGGAGGUAUAUCUCUGGUGAGUGGAGUUAUAGACUUCAGUCUCCUCCUCGGAGCCUGGCUCAAAUAUUAUGGAGUGGUUGGAGUAGUUGUCACUUUCGGAGCUAUUGCCUUCAAUUUCUGGUCCACUGGUUUGUGAUGCGGCUGAACCGAAUUCUGUGUUUGUAUCAUCCCCUCCAUCGUCACCCUCUGAUUCUGAGCUUGACUCAUAAUUGCAACUUUGGGGAGUUUUUGUGGAGGAACCAUAGAUUGUUUUCCAGAUGUUCCAUUUCGAUUGAUUCCAUUAUUCACAAUUUUUUUUUUUUUUUAGGUAGAGUCUCGUGUAGAAUAUUUCGAUUUUGUACUUCGAGAGUCAUCUCGUGCUGACGUGUAAAACAAAUCUUUGUUAUAAUUUUUUUUUUAUCGAGGAUAGGUUUCUGUCUAUAUAUGGUAUAAACCAAAGGGAUUAUUAAUUUUGAAGAUUUUUUAAUAAUAAUUUGGCUGCAAAGUUUUCAUUUCCAAAUUCUGUAUCUUUUUUCCAAUACAGCCAUAAAUCAAUAGGAAACAAAUAGCAAAAUAAAAUAAAUAUUGAAAUAAUCUAGAAAAUAAAAUUAAGAAAUUACCAUAAUGCAAAAUACCUAGUUCAUUCAUCAGUGUGUAGAGCUUAGAAAUUAUUAAAAUAAAAUGUAAUAAAUUCUUUUCAAACCAAUUUUUUAAAGGAUUUAUAAACUUUUGAAAAGUUACACCAAUACACAACAUUAGUUAAUAAAAUGUAGAAAUAAAAAAAAAAAAACAGUCAUUAUUGAAACCAUUCAUCGUGUAGUUUGUAAAUAUUUUUCAAUAAUUUUGGACCUAAGUUGUCUAUACGUAUAGACAUGUGCGAUUAAUUUAUUUUUUGCAUUUUUCUGACUACAAAGGUAACAAAUCCAAAUAGAACCCUUCUAAAAACUUGGAGGGAACUUGAGCUUUCUCACAAAAAUGCCUAAAAUAAAAUAAUAUUUAGGCAAAAACAUUUAGUUACAAGUCUGUAAAUAAUUUCUGCUAUUUUAUAUUGUUUUUUCUCGGUACUAUGAAAAAUACAGAUUGAUCUCUGAGAGAGCAGUAUUGUCUAUGUUAUAUUCAUUUAUAGUAAUUGUUUUGUGUUGAUUUUUUAGUUAUGAAUAUAAUAAUAAUUGGAACUGAAUAGAUCACCCUUUAUCGCAAUUUGUAGCAUGAAAAUCUAACCAUAUUUCUUCUUAACCUCUAUCCUACCAUUAAGAAAUUAUUGUUUAAAUUGUCGCCUUCCAUUUAUAGUUUUCUUAAAUAUUUGAAAUCGACAGUUUAUUCAAUAACUUUUAAAAAAAUCACACUUAUCAUCUUACAUAUCUCAUUAAAAUAAUUAAUCUAAAAAAAAAAUAUACAUAAAAAAGUUGCUUUUUAUAUUAUCAUAUUUAUGAAAAUUUGGCAUAGACAAGAAUGAAAUAAUACAAUAAUAAAAUGGUAUAGAGAAAAUAAUAAGUGUAUGAAAUUAUUGAAAUAAGUCGGUGCAAUUCCCAUAUUGGAAUUCAAUAAAAUGAAAAAUUGAUAAACCAAGUACGAAAAUUAAUAAUUAGAUUUAAUUUUACCAGGUUUGUCAAUUUUUUAUAAUGUGCAAGAAAGUUGUAGUUAUAGUUAGAUAUUAUAGUUAUAUACUUUUUCCCGAGUCUUCAUUUAAAAACAAAAACACGCUGUUGUAUACAUAAAAAUACCUUAUAAGAACGAUGUAAAAUUGUGAGAUGAAAAGAAAAACGUUAAAAAUU